AUGGCAUCGCAGGGGUUUUCGUUCCCACCCCCUCCUCCUCCCCCGCCACCAAGCCAACAAACACCCGCCUAUCCUCCGACUCAACAUGGACAGAACCGGGGUGGACGAGGUGGAGCUCAGCGCGGACGUGGAAGAGGACAGGGUCAGCGAGGUCGAGGUGGACAUGCCGAUGGAGGCCGCGCACCGUCAUAUCCCCCGCCCGCAGGAUUCAAUUACAACCAAACAAACUAUGCCGGCUACCCAAGUCAACCCGUUCACCCAGCACCCUACAUGCCCCCCGCGCCAUACGCCCAUGGGCAAUCGCAAGGAUAUCAGAACCACCAAGGCCCACCCGCGUUUCCCAAUGCGCAAUAUCCGCAGCCGCCAGCUUCGGCAGGCUACUCACACCUACCUUACAACUCGCCCGUCAACCAAGCUGCGCAAUACCACCAAACCCCGUCAUAUAUGCAAGGAUUACCGGCACCACAUCUUGCACCCCAACCCACCAACCAGGCUAUGAUGGGCGGCAUGCCGUGGGGUAAUGAUACGCAGGGCCAAUACAUGGGAGCUCAACCAGGACAGGCGCGAGGGCCCCGACCCCACGCGCAUGGAAACUAUGGACCGAAAAAUAAGAAUCAGAAACGCGAUCACACAUCUGCUUUUACCAAGCCCCAGACGAUCGUUCCCCGAACACCAGCGGCGCCCGCCGUCCCAAGCUUCGGGAAUCCUCUACCUUCAAAACCUCCACCAGCGGCAGACGCAACAAGUAAUCGAAAGACGAAGAAAAGAAAGAAGAAGCACAACCAGCUCGGACUCACCCCGCACGCUGAUGACCACGAGUCUAGCGAGGAGGACGAAGCGGAAGGCGUCGACGAGGAAUCCAACCUCGCGCAUGGUGGCUCUAAUCCCCAGGGACUCCAAGUGUCCUACAAAGGCAAGACAUCCAGCUUGGGAACGCCAUCUGAGAUAGCCGCCUGGAUCGCUGAGCGCAAAAAGAACUUCCCUACGAAAGCGCGAAUCGAAGCAAAGAAGAAAGCCGCGGAGGAGGCUAAGGCUGCCCGGGAUGUCGCUCGCCAGCAAAAAUCCCAGGAGCAGCAGGCGAAGCGGAAGGAUGGUCGCAAGAACAACGAGACCCCAACAAAUGUCCCUUCAGAUUCAGGACCCGAUGCCAAGCGCCGAGAGGAAAUCCGGCGCAACCUCGAACGGGAACAAGAACGCAUCGCUAAAGCCGUCGCCGAAGCCGACGCGGCUCGUCUUCGUUUGGAGGCUCUACAGAAGGAAGCUCUAAGCUUCAAUACAGUAUCCGAACAGGACGGGGAAUCCACGGCUGACAUGGACAUUGAGUCAAAGGUCAAACAUGAGUCGCAAUACAUGGACAUGGACACGGACAUCGGCCCAGCUGUCAAAACCGAGUCGCAUGAAGCAACUACUGGGCCUGAACAGAGCGUCCCGGCAUCGUUGGUGAAAGCGGAAGACCCAGCGCGCUUACUGGGGCCCGCUUCUAAUGACACGAUCGGCGAGCUCGAAUUGCCCAAUCAGGAUAGCGAUUGGACCUCCUCAGGCGGCUCGGAUUUAGAUUCAGAGCCAGAGCCAGACUCGGAUUCCGACUCCGACGGCGCGCCUGAACAAGCAAGUUCACGCCGCGAGGGGCCAGAGCGCGUACCGCCGCCGCCCCGCGAGGGCAAGAAGAAACUUGCCGUCUGCCGCUAUUUCAUCAGUGGGCAAUGUAGAAAAGGCGACCAGUGCACGUUCCGUCACGAGACACCUGAAGGUGGCCCUAAAGCAAAGCCAGCAAAGAAACCCGAAAAAGAGAGUCGACGCAAGGGACUUUACCAAGCUUUGUUGGACCAGCAAAAAGACGACGAGGAUCACCGAGCCAUGGAAGUGAUCUGCUUCAUGGGGCAGAACAACUUGCUCCACCAGAUACCCCAAUAA